AUGCAGCCUCCGUCGAACCUCGAAGAUAUACCUGUCGCCGUCGAUGAUGCUUCUUCUUUGAUUCUCGCCCAUUCUUCAACAGUUCUAGAGAUGGCUACCUCAGCUAUCGCCUCGGCCGCCUCCCUGGCUUCUUCCACAGCCGCAUCCGCAACCUUCAUCGCGUCCGGAGCACCACAGUCGUACGACGAAGACGAUUCCAACGGGGAGUGCUCGUUACUGGGCUCCUUCGCCCUGCUUGUGCAAGGCGCACUUGGUGCUCUGGCCCUACUAUCACUGGUCUAUAAGCGGUGGCGGGAACGGCCUCAACGACCUCUCAAGAUAUGGUUCUUCGACGUGUCAAAACAGGUUUUCGGUUCUGUGCUUGUCCACAUCGCCAAUAUUUUCAUGUCCAUGUUGACGAGCGGCCGAUUCUCGGUCCAGGUCGACCCUUCAGCAACAUCAAUGACAAGACGAUCCGAUGACGAUAACUACGCCCCGAACCCAUGCUCUUUCUAUCUUCUCAACCUCGCGAUAGAUACCACUCUCGGCAUCCCCAUACUCAUCAUUCUCCUAAAGAUCCUCACAGGUCUCGUUCGUUUCACACCCGUCGGUCAACCCCCCGAAUCUGUUCAGUCUGGCAACUACGGUACCCCUCCCAAUGUAUGGUGGUGGUUGAAACAAUCAGUCAUAUACUUCUGUGGCCUUUUUGGCAUGAAGAUCUGCGUGCUCAUCAUCUUCAUAAUGAUGCCUUGGAUCUCAAAGGCUGGCGAUUGGGCUCUUGGCUGGACCGAGGGCAAUGAGAAGCUUCAGAUCGCGUUCGUCAUGAUGAUCUUCCCCCUCAUUAUGAACGCCCUCCAAUACUAUAUCAUCGACUCGUUCAUCAAGCUCAAAGAGACCAACCACGAAAGCCAUAGCAAUGAAUCUGAUGAUGAAGGCCGCCGCAGGAGGUACGACGACAGUGAGGACGAGACUUCACGUGCCAGGCUUGUCGAUUCGGAGCACGAGACCGACAGUGAGUCUGAUGACGAAGAUGAUAAGCCUGUCACGCGUCCCACUCAUUCCACGCAACCCAAAAGCAGAGACUCUGGAGAGUAUGAUCCCGAGCGCGACGGUGACGAUCGAACAAUCAUAGGAAGUAGUGCGAGUGCCCGUGGUCCUCAGGACAAGGUUCCCCAAGAGCUAUAUCCCAAGGAGUAG